ACGACCCCAACAACCACCACCUCGCAAACCCAAAGAUUCUACCGCCUCAAAAACCAUGACAGCACCACAACGACCACCAGCAGCACAAUCCCAACCCCAACGCCAACCCCCGCGCACCACCACCUCAUCGAAACCACCCGCCGCACAGCCCUCUACACCCUGACCCUCUGCCGCAACGUAAUCACGAUCCUCGAGCUAACCCGCCUCCGCAAAUCCCGCAUCGGCCUGCUCCACUGGAUCGAGUUCUGGAACCGGUACUACGGGCGGCGGUUCGGGCGCGCGCUGGCCGCGCACGUCACGCAGGCGCUGGGCCGCAUCGACGCGCUGUUCCGCGCCGUGGCCAACGACCUGCACCAGCUGACGCAGCGGGUGCACCACGCCGUCGCGACGGCGCUGCACACCGAGCGCGAGAUUCUGGGAUUGCUCGAGCGCAUGGAGGACGAGGUCGGGGUGCGGCGCCGGCGCCGGAGGAAAAAGGCCCAGGCGAUUCUGGCCCAGAUGCGCGCGCGGCUCGAGGCCAUCCCCGUCAAGGUUAGUGAUGAGUUGCUGGACGAUCUCAAGCGCGGGGUGUUUGCGUUGGAUGUCUACUGUGACUAUUAUCCGGGG